GGUGUCCCGUGGCCGCGCGCCCCGCGCCUUCCCGCGCCUCGGGCCAUGGCGGUGAGCCUGAGCCUCCAGCCGUCGUCCCGCUGCCUGUGGGACGAGCCGGUGCGGGUGUCGGUGCGGGGCCUGCGGCCGGGGCAGGCGGUGACGCUGCGCGCCUCGCUCCGCGACGAGUCCGGGGAGCCGUUCCGGUGUCAGGGCCUGUACCGGGCGGACGAGGGCGGGCGGCUGGAGCUGGACCGCUCCCCGGCGCUGGGCGGCAGCUUCUCCGGCCUGGAGCCCAUGGGGCUCAUCUGGGCCCUGCAGCCCGCCAGGCCCCUGUGGCGGCUGGUCAAGCGGGACGUGCGGACCCCGUUCGCCGUCGAGCUGCAGGUGCUGGACGGACACGACCCCCAGCCCGGGCCCGUCCUGGCCACGGUCGUCCACGAGCGGGCCUUCGUGGCCCCGGGGGUCCGGAGGAUCCCCCUGCGCCAGGGCCGCCUGCGGGCCACCCUCUUCCUGCCCCCAGGAGCGGGACCCUUUCCCGGAGUUAUUGACCUGUUUGGAAGUGGAGGUGGCCUCUGCGAAUACAGGGCAAGCCUUCUGUCUGGGCAUGGCUUUGCCACGCUCGCCCUGGCUUAUUUCAAAUUUGAGGAUCUCCCAGAAGAAAUCGGUGAUCUGGAUCUGGAGUAUUUUGAAGAGGCCGUGGAGUAUAUGCUGCGACACCCGGAGGUCAAGGGUCCGGGCGUCGGGCUCCUCGGAUUCUCCAAAGGGGGUGACCUGUGCCUCUCCAUGGCGUCUUUCCUCAAGGGCAUCGCCGCCACCGUCCUAAUCAACGCCUGCACGGCCAACACCAUGGGCACCCUCUACUACAAGGGCACGAGCCUCCCCGGCCUGGGCUUUGACCUCGCCCGGGUCAAGAUGACCGAGUCGGGCCUCGUCGACCUCGUCGACAUUUGGGAAAACCCGCUCGAGGAGCCUCACAGUCAGUCCUUAAUCCCAAUCGAGAAGGCCGAAAGCCCGUUUCUCUUCAUCUUUGGCCAGGACGACCGUAACUGGAGGAGCGGAUUCUUUGCCGACGCGGCCUCCCGGCGUCUGCAGUCCCACGGGAAGGGAAAGCCCCAGAUCGUCUGUUACCCUGGAACCGGCCACUGCAUCGACCCUCCUUAUUUCCCCCCGUGUUUAUCGUCCGUGCCUGGAUUAGUGAAAUACGGGGUGUUCUGGGGCGGGGAGGCAAGGAGGCAGUCCGCGGCCCAGGUGGACAGCUGGCAACGGAUCCAGACCUUCUUCCGCAAGCACCUUAAUAGUGACAAGGGUCCCCUCCAAAGCAAAAUGUAGCAUGAUCGUGAGCUGGAUUUAAUCAUCAAGCGCCUGAUCUAGACUGUAGACCGCAAUCUCACUGUGGGCAGGGAACUCUGAUGUAUUGUAAUAAUGCUAAUGAUGGUAUUUUGGAAGCGUUUACUGCGUGUCAAGCACUGUUCUGAAUGCCGGGGUGUUCUUGUCAUCCAGUGCCGUCGAGUCGUUUGCGAUUCAUAGCGACUCUAUGAAUUUUCUCCGGAACGGCCUGUCUCCGGCCGUGAUCCCUAACGGGUCUUCCGUUAUCUUUGUUAUGGACGCUGGGGUAGAUACGGCUUAAUCAGGUCGGACACAGUCCCGGUCCCACCUGGGGCUUGCCGUCUUAGUACUCUCCCAGGCGUCUAGUACGGUGCUCUGCACACUGUACGUGCUGAAGAAAUGACUGAUUGAGCUCAUCGGGGAGGAGGUCUCUCCUAAUGAAGGAAAUCAACUCUCGCAAUAUUUCCAGGCUCCAGCUAAAAGUCAUCGAACAGUAAUAUCGAGUGCGUACUCUGUGCGGAGCCCUGUGCUAAGCAGUGUGCAGAGCACUGGACUCAGUGCUUGGGAGAGGACAGUAUAACCGCGUUGCCCACCUCCAGUCCCUCCCCACAGUGAGCUGGCGUUGUUAGGACUGAAGUUUUCGUCUCCGGCUAGACGACACAGUUUCAGUGCAAUCAGAAACCCCCCCCAAAUUAAAGCUCGAGUGGUUGAACAUCAACACCUGAACUCAAGUAACGAGGUGAUUUCAAGACCCGGCGACCAAACCGCUGGUCUGAUGUGUGACCUUGGACGAGUCACUUCCUCUCUCUAGGCCUCAGUUUCUCCUCCCGCUGGAAAACAGGGAUGAGGUAGAUUGUGAGCCCGAUGGGGGAAAGGUCUUCGUUUGAUCUGCUAGCCUUCUUUCUACCUCAGUACUGAGCCACAACGAGUGGAUCCUGGAGAAAGAUCUGCCCCCCGAUUUCAUUCACUGCGCUUACUGCAUGCAGAGCACUGUGCUGAGCGCUCGGGAAAGUACAAUAUAACAGUAAAGAGUGACGAUCCCCGCCCUAAGCACAUAAGCAACCUAAUUUAGAAGUGGAUGAUUUCUGAUGUCCCGGAGUUCAGGGCAGCUCAUCCAGAAUUAUCGCCCAAGGAAGAUCUCAUCAGACUUUAAAAAUUCAACGCAUAGUGCACCCAGGAAGUGCUCAAUAAAUGCGACUGAAUGAAAAUGACAAAACAGACGGGUAUUUAUAAGUAGGGUAUCGGUUAAGCGCUUACUACGUGCCAGGCACUGUUCUAAGCGCUGGGUACUAAAGGGUACCUCCACCAUCAGCUAAGACUGAGUUAAAGAAAUCUCACAUUGAUUUUUAAAGCGAGCGUAUGAAUUUAUAAAAAAUAGGCGUUCAGGGCUCCUGCGAGUACUUUGAAGACAAGAAGAAGGCUGUUGUGCCACCCAAGUUUUUCGAUGAAGUUGAAAAACGACUAAUGCGGUCAGCAGAACAGGUUUCUACUUGCAUAAACUCAUUUAAUGUGAUUUUUGUGUUUUGAAUUGCUCCGAUGACAAAUUAAACCCUUUUUUCCCAC